AUGAAGAAGCCAGACACAACAGAAAGAAGUGACAGUGGUCCAGAGACCUUGGUUGAGGAAGAGAUGGGAACAGUUGACCCUCAUGGAACAGACCAAGAGUUUCUGAAUCCCCGGCCAUCCCAAGACCCGCAGGAUCCUCUGAACUGGCCUCUAUGGCUCAAGAUUCUCAUUCUGACCCAAACGUCUCUUCUGGCCGCAAUCGGCGGUCUAAAUACUGCUGCAAUAAACCCUGCUACGGUGUUGCUGGCCCAAGACUUCGGGAUCAGUAAAGUUGCCGCUUCGUACCAGACCACCGUCUGUAUAGCCCUCAACGGAAUAGCCCCUUGGCUAUGGAUACCUCUCUCGAACAAAUAUGGUCGACGACCGGUCUACUUGGCUACCACCUUUCUGGGCUUCAUUUCCGCCCUGGGUUGUGCAUAUACCCAAACCUAUGGCCAACUCAUUGCCGCCCGUGUCUUCAAUGGGUUCUUUCCCGUCGCAUUUGCUCUCGGCGCUGCCACCAUCACGGACUUGUUCUUUUACCAUCAGCGUGGCAGAGCCAUGGGUUUCUUCACGGUGACUAUGGUGAACGGAAGCCACCUGGCUCCCAUCGUCGGAGGCUUGCUGGGCGAAUACUGCGGUUGGCGAUGGAUCUUCAAGUUCGUGGCCAUUGUGGACGCGAUCAUGUUGACCACUGCUUUCUUCUGUCUCCCAGAGACACUAUUCCUCCGGAAAGGGAGUGUCGACGUGUCGAAGCCGGACUGGCUCAAGCUGCCGGCUGAGCGUCGGCCUCGUUUCACCAAAGAAGUGUACUUCUCCCGCUUGCGACUGCGUUCGGAUUUUCCUGAGCGGAGACUGAGGCCCAAUCAAUUUGUCCUCCCUGCGUUGAAGAUGGCCAAAUACCCCUCAGUAAUAUUUCCGGCUCUCUACUACGCCACCAUGUAUGGCUUUGCGUCCAUCCUGCCGGCGGUGACGGUCGCCACAAUCUUCACGGAGUUCUUUCAUUGGAACACCCUGACGAUCGGCCUCACCUACGGCGCGUCUCUCACCAUCGGAGGCGUCCUCGGCGAAUGUGUCUCAGGCUGGGUUGUUGAUCGCAUUGUCACUCGAGAGCGGAAGCGACUAGGUCAUGAUCCGGAACCAGAGGUGCGACUCAGGGCCAUCUGGAUGGGUGAGAUCAUCGUCCCCGCUGGACUUCUGAUCUAUGGUUUCUGCCUGCAAUACCGUACGGUGUGGAUUGCGCCGAUUCUCGGGAUGGGCGUCGCGUGCUUUGGCCUGCAAAUCAUCACCACCACAACAUACACAUACGCAAUUGACUGCUACCGCACAGAAAGCAGCGAGGUGGCGCAGCUGUUCAACUUCAUCCGCCAGGAAAUCGGGUUCACUUUCGCCUUCUACGUUGUCCACCUGGGAAACAAGAUCGGGUACCAGUGGACCUUCCUCAUGUUCGCCCUCAUCGGCGGGAUAUUGGCCUUUAUGCCGAUGCUUUUCGUCAUCUUCAAGGGAGAACAAUGGAGAAAGAGACUUGGAAAGCCAGUCGGCGUCAAUAUCCUUGACACCAUGAUGGAACCGGCGGACGAGCAUGGUCAUGGCUCUGGAUGA